CAUCGCUCUGUCAGUGGCGGCUGCUGCCUGCUCCGGGAGCGGGCUGAGCUGUGGCGGCCGAAGCUGGCAGAGCUGGACGCCAGCGCCGGGCUUUGCCCGCUUCUACUUGAAGCUGUGAAUUCCUUUGGACAACUGAUGAUAUUUAUCAUUGUGCCCAGUUUCUACAAAUAAAAAAAUGGGUGGAUUAUUUUCUCGAUGGAGGACAAAACCUUCAACUGUAGAGGUUCUGGAAAAUAUAGAUAAGGAAAUUCAAGCAUUGGAAGAAUUUAGGGAAAAAAAUCAGAGAUUACAAAAAUUAUGGGUUGGAAGAUUAAUUCUCUACUCUUCAAUUCUCUAUCUGUUUACAUGUUUAAUUGUAUACUUAUGGUACCUUCCCGAUGAAUUUACAGCAAGACUUGCCAUGACACUCCCAUUUUUUGCUUUCCCGUUAAUCAUCUGGAGCAUAAGAACGGUGCUUAUUUUCUUCUUUUCCAAGAGAACAGAAAGAAAUAAUGAAGCAUUGGAUGAUUUAAAAUCCCAGAAGAAAAAAAUACUUGAAGAAGUCAUGGAAAAAGAAACUUAUAAAACGGCUAAAUUAAUUCUUGAAAGGUUUGAUCCGGACUCAAAGAAAGCAAAGGAGUUGGAGCCGCCAUCUGCUGGAGCAACUAUAACUGCAAGACCUGGACAAGAGAUUCGUCAGCGACCUGCAGCUCAAAGAAACCUUUCUCCAGCACCAGCAGGCUCUAGCCAGGGCUCUCCCCCAAAAGUUCCAGUAUCUCCUGGACCACCAAAGGACACUUCAGCCCCUGGUGGACCCCCAGAAAGAACUGUUAUUCCAGCCUUAUCGUCAAAUGUGUUACCAAGACGUUUUGGAUCCCCUGCUACUUCAGUGCCUGGAAUGGGUCUUCAUCCUCCUGGUCCACCUUUAGCAAGACCUAUUCUGCCCCGAGAACGAGGUGCUCUGGAUAGAAUUGUUGAAUAUUUAGUUGGUGAUGGUCCACAGAACAGGUAUGCCCUUAUAUGUCAGCAGUGUUUUUCUCACAAUGGCAUGGCUUUGAAAGAAGAAUUUGAAUACAUUGCUUUUCGUUGUGCCUACUGUUUUUUCUUGAAUCCUGCAAGAAAAACCAGACCCCAGGCUCCAAGACUUCCAGAGUUUAGUUUUGAGAAGGGGCAGACUUUGGAAGGCUCAAGUACAGUUGGUUCCUUGCCCUCAGGAAGUGUGAUUUCAUCAGAGAACCAGAUCAGUGAAGAAUCUUUAGAAGAACAAGAUGUUCUAGAUAACAGUACAGAGCAGACAGAUGACAAAAUACCGGAUACAGAGCAGACAGACCCAGUGAUUGAACAAGCAUCUGGCACAGAGAAACCAGAGGAGAAGCAAGAAGAGACCAAGAAUGAGGAAACCUCAAUGAAUAAAGCCAAAUCAACAGUUCCCAGAGCUGAUGCUAUUCCUAAUCCUGAACUAAGUGGAGAAUCUUCGACAAUGUAGUAAAUGCUUCCACGUGCCUUCAACUGGAUAUUUGUAGUCUUGUUGAUGUCAGUUAUUGCUUUCUUAGGUGGUACUUUUUUUUUCCCCCUCUAAAGACAUGCUUGAUGUCAUCUGAAUUUCUGAUUGCCUAGCUAUUUCAAUAUGUCAAAGUUAUGUCUACUGCUAUUAAAAUUAAAAGCAAGUGAUAUCAGUAAAGUAAAAUCCUUUUUAAUGUAUAAAACCCACACUGUUUAGACAGCUUUUAGGUAUUUUUUUCCAUUAUAAAUAUAAACAAAUAUAGCAGUUUUGUUUUUUAUUUGUGACCUGUAAAUACUAUCCAUUUUGACAUAGGAAGAACUUUGGUUAGGAAUAAGUUCUAAUGGCGUUUGUUUUAAGGAAUGAAACUCAAUUAAGAUUUUUAAUACUACAUCAUUAAAAUGGAUAGAAUUUUAACUCUUGAGAUAUUUUCCAAGGGGUAAAAUGUCUAUUUAGGCAUUUAUAUUAAGAGGUAUGAAAGUUACUACAGUAACAAUAUAGGCAUUGGUAUGAAUUCUCAGUAAGAAUGCAAUCGAACAGUCAAGUGCAGUGUUAAUUUUGAUGUCUCUUUUUUUGCACCUGGGCCAGAGGUACCUGAUGUAUAUAAUUAGCUUAUGUUUACGUAUUAACAUAUAGGAACUAUCUCUGCACUUGACUGUACUUGAAUUUUGAGCAUUAUUUAUAUUUGUAAAAUGAUGAUAUUAUAAGUGAAUUUUGUGCUCUAUUAUGUAUUUUGUUAAGGAAAAUAAAGAUGAUCUGGCAGCAAUUUCUUUCUGUUAAAUACCUAGACUUCUUCAGACAGUAUCUUGGUGGCUGACAUGGCUACCUGAAAAGUCUUAGGAGGAAAAGCUCACAAUUCAAUAAAUCAAUAGAUUCUGCUAAGAGCAAAUUAUGAUCUUUUUAUUCAGACUUGUUGCCUUUCAAAUUCAGAGAAAUAGUGACAUUUAGAGGUUCUAAUCAGAGGUUAGAUUUUUCUGAUUCAUGAAAUCCUUAGGCCAUUUGUAGUUUUUAAUUUUGAGAGACAUAGUUUUGUGAGAAUAGGCAGUUAAUUACUAGUAGUUCAUUGGAUUUAAUAUGUGUAUUAAGGAUUAACUGGGAAAUUUUUUUGACCCAGAAUAGUAAUUCUUGUACUUUAAGUACAGUGUUGUUAUCUUUUCUCUCUUCCUUUUAUCUCUCUUCUCUAUUAUUAAAAAAAAUUGAAAUCAAGUUAUGCCAAAGGGAGGAAUAUAUAGGAAUGGUGUAUAUGGCAAGUAUUUCUAAGUUGUACACAGUUUAUUAAAAAUUUAAUAAAAUACCAUUUGUUACCAUUUAAAAAUUCAUCUUUAUGAUUUAAUAUCUUAUAUCUGACAGGUAUUUUUAAGGAAUCUAAAUCUGUUGAUAGUCUGAGGCAUCAUGGUAUAGUGACCAGAGUUUUCAAGAUUACAGGACUGGGCUUAAAUUCCAGCUCUUCAGUCUUGGGCAAAUCAGCUGAUCUCUCUUUUCAUCUGUAAAAUUGGAAGAAUAAUACCUACUUUUUCAGGUAUGGGGACAAUUAAAAAUAAUUUAUGUAGUGUGCCUAGCUCACUGCCUGAUAAUUAAUAGAUAUUAAGUAAAUGGUAGCAUUUUAUACUAUUGAUAUCCUUGUGAAAUAUGGAAGGGCUAUAAAUUCUUCCUCUUGCAGAUAAGGAAAUGAAAAAACAAUAUGCACAUAUAAUUCAGCUGUUCAAAAUCAAGCCAAAGUUUUCUGCAUCAGCUUUUCUUUAUCAUAUACAUGUAUAUAAAUGCAUAGGUUAAGAAAAUAGGAACCUGAAACUGUGGAAUAUAAUACUACAGGAUAUAGACACUCUCUCUUUUUUUUUUUUUUUUGAUGAAGCCCAUCAGAUUUUUUGUGUGUUAUUGGCCCAUAACACUUUAGUAACACCUUGCUGAGUCUUCUUGUUAUAAAGCAUUCAAAUUCUGAUGUACAUUACUGGAAAAUGAGGAGUACCUCAGAGAAAUAUAAUUUAAUGAUAGAAUUAAGCAGAUAUUAUGGAAAGUAUCUAUGGAAGAAGGUUAAAAGGUUAAAAGGUAAAUUAAUGCAACGGGUAACAUACUGUAAUCAUAUAGUACCCUUUAAAAUAGAAAAGUUUAUUUUGACAUUGUAAUAAACAGCUAAUGGUUGAAAGAGUGGUAAAAUGUCCUAUUUCUGAUUAUUAAGACUAGUAUAAAUGAGGAAAAGCAAACUAAUAAGUGCUGUUAGUUAGAGUGAUCUUAACUUCCCUACUUACUAAUGCUCAACAGGUCAUCACCUAAAUUUUUCUCACUGUACCCUCAGCGUAAUCUACAGUCAUGAGCUGGCUUCUCUCUCCUUGGCUCUUCCACCAUUAUGCUGCAGUCUCAGGGCCUCUUUCAGUUCUCUGACCAAGCUAAACCCUUUCCCAUCUUAGGUCUCAGCUUAAAUGUUCGUUCUUCAGAGAAAUGCCCUCCCAAGCUCCGCAUCUAAAGCUAGCCUCUGCCUUUUACUCUGUCAUGUUACUUUAUUAUCAUAAUGUGUAAGUAUUUUAUCUG